UCAGCUUCAGUAUGCCGUCUUGAUCUUUGUCCAAACUUUGGAAAGUAACAAACAAAUUUUCUUCGGCCAACCCAAGCACGGUAACCAGAAGACCAAAAAGGAUGACAACCUUCAUGAUGUGUCCAGUUGAAUGUGUUGCUAGGAGACGUGCGAUCAGGUCUGUAUCUCGAGCAAGCGAAAAGCUGGGCUCAGUGCAAGUGAAUGUUCGUGGAGCAUAUCUUGUCCUCGUAACAUUGGAGUCAGAGCGUCAGAUAACCUGUACACGUCACGCUCUAACGUUCAACGAUCAACUGACAGUCACUUGCAUUCAGCUCCGCUUCUGCUUCUCGAACUUUCACAAUACAGACUUCUCUGAACAUCUGCUAGCAGACACACUGGCCGAAGAAAAUUUGUUUGUUACUUUCCAAAGUUUGGACAAAGAUCAAGACGGCAUACUGAAGCUGAGUGACAUAUUUCAAUAUUUCGACAAAUACGACCUGAAUGGCGAUGGCUUUUUGAGUUAUCAGGAGUUUAUAGAUGGUCUCUACCCCGAGAUACCCAAGGUCGCCUUUCACUUCUACGACAAGUUCGAUGGAAUCAAAGAUUUCAAAAUUUAAACACUUUUGCAAUUCUUCUAUGGUGUUGUGCAAUAAAAUAAACAAAAGUGAUCUGUAAGUCGGUACGCAUGUGU